GGGAAAAGUGACCACCGACAGGAAACAGAAGCAGCAUCAGGUUUUUGAGAAGAGCCACAAAAACUCUGAAAUUUACCAUGGCGGAUUCCUCUGAGUCAUACCACGUGGCCCCCAGCUCCAGGAGAGGAGACCUGACCUCCAGCCCUGGACGAGAUCUUCCUCCCUUCGAGGAUGAGUCUGAAGGACUGCUGGGGGAUGGGCCCCUACCUGGGGAGGAGGAGGAAGAUGGAGAAGGAGAGGAAUUGAUUGGUGAUGGGAUGGAGAGGGAUUAUCGCGCCAUCCCAGAGCUGGAUCGCUAUGAGGCAGAGGGAUUGGACCUGGAUGAUGAGGAUCUGUCAGAGCUGUCCCCCGGAGCCCGGGCGGCCGCAGAGGAGGCCAUGAGGAGGCGGGACAGGGAGCAGGGCCUCAGUGGCCGGCUGAGGAGGGGGCUGCUGUACGAUAGCGAAGACGAGGACGACGAACGUCCUGCAGCACGGCGAAGACGGUUGGCCGAACAGGCAGCAGAGGGCGGAGCUGCAGAUGGGGAAGAUGAUGAAAUGAUUGAGAGCAUUGAGAACUUGGAGGACAUGAAGGGCCACUCUGUGAGGGAGUGGGUGUCUAUGGCUGCUCCUCGGCUGGAGAUCUACAAUCGCUUCAAGAACUUUCUGCGGACUCACGUGGAUGAAAAUGGCCACAAUGUCUUCAAGGAGAAGAUCAGCGACAUGUGCAAAGAGAAUAAAGAGAGUCUGGUUGUGAACUAUGAAGACCUCGCUGCCCGGGAGCACGUUUUGGCUUAUUUCUUACCAGAAGCUCCCACUGAGAUGUUAAAGGUUUUUGAUGAAGCAGCCAAAGAAGUGGUGCUGGCCAUGUACCCAAAAUAUGACCGCAUCACCCACGAGAUCCACGUACGCAUCUGCAACCUGCCGUUGGUGGAGGAGAUCCGCUCGCUCAGGCAGCUCCAUCUGAACCAGCUGAUCCGGACCAGCGGUGUGGUGACCAGCUGCACUGGUGUCCUGCCUCAGCUUGGGAUGGUCAAGUACAACUGUAACAAGUGUAACUUCAUCCUGGGGCCCUUCUUCCAGUCCCAGAACCAGGAGGUGAAGCCGGGCUCCUGUCCGGAGUGUCAGUCCCAGGGCCCCUUUGAGAUCAACAUGGAGGAGACUGUGUACCAGAACUACCAGAGAAUCACUAUCCAGGAAAGUCCCGGUAAGGUGGCCGCCGGCCGCCUCCCUCGCUCCAAAGAUGCCAUCUUGUUGGCCGACCUGGUGGACAGCUGCAAACCAGGAGAUGAGAUUGAGCUGACGGGGAUCUACCACAACAACUACGACGGCUCUCUGAAUAUGGCCAACGGCUUCCCCGUGUUUGCCACCGUGAUUAUGGCCAACCAUAUCACCUGCUGCGAUGAGGGUGUGGCCGUGACGGAGCUGACGGACGAAGACGUCAAGGUUAUUGUGACCUUGUCCAAGGACGAGCGGAUCGGGGAGCGGAUCUUUGCCAGCAUGGCGCCAUCUAUCUACGGCCAUGAGGACAUCAAGCGAGCGCUGGCUCUGUCGCUGUUUGGAGGAGAGCCCAAAAAUCCAGGUGGAAAACAUAAAGUGCGCGGAGACAUCAAUGUGCUCCUCUGUGGGGACCCAGGAACCGCCAAGUCCCAGUUCCUCAAGUACGUGGAAAAGGCAGCGAGUCGUGCUGUGUUCACCACGGGGCAGGGGGCAUCUGCCGUUGGUCUGACUGCCUACGUUCAGCGACAUCCAGUCACCCGCGAGUGGACGCUGGAGGCUGGAGCGCUGGUGCUGGCUGACCGCGGUGUCUGUCUCAUCGACGAGUUCGAUAAGAUGAACGAUGCAGACAGGACAAGUAUCCACGAGGCCAUGGAGCAGCAGAGCAUCUCCAUCUCCAAAGCCGGCAUUGUCACCUCACUGCAGGCCCGGUGCACGGUCAUCGCCGCCGCUAAUCCCAUCGGUGGACGCUACGACCCCUCCCUGACCUUCGCUGACAACGUGGACCUGACCGAGCCCAUCCUGUCACGUUUUGACGUUCUGUGUGUGGUCCGAGACACGGUGGAUCCUGUGCAGGAUGAGAUGUUAGCCCGCUUUGUGGUUGGUUCCCACAUCAAACAUCACCCUAGCAACAAGGAAAGGGGUGUGGCCUUAGAGGAAAUGAUUCUGCCCAAUUCAUCAGAUGCGCCAACCAUCCCACAAGAAAUACUGAGGAAGUACAUCAUCUACGCCAAAGAGCGGAUUCAUCCAAAACUGAACCAGAUGGAUCAGGACAAGGUGGCUCGCAUCUACAGCGACCUCCGCAAAGAGUCCAUGGCCACUGGCAGCAUCCCCAUCACAGUUCGCCACAUCGAGUCGAUGAUUCGCAUGGCUGAGGCGCACGCCAGAAUGCACCUGAGGGACUAUGUGCUGGAGGAUGACGUCAAUAUGGCAAUCAGGGUCAUGUUGGAGAGUUUCAUCGACACGCAGAAGUUCAGUGUCAUGAGGAGCAUGAGGAAGACAUUUGCCCGUUACCUGGCCUUCCGCAGGGACAACAACGAGUUGCUGCUCUUCAUCCUCAAACAGCUGGUAGCUGAGCAGGUCGCCUACCAACGAAACCGAUACGGAGUCCAGAAUGACACCAUUGAGAUACCCGACAAAGACCUGCAGGAUAAGGCGCGGCAGAUCAACAUCCACAACCUAUUGGCGUUUUAUGACAGCGAGCUGUUCCGCUCCAACAGGUUCAGCCAUGACAGCAAGAAGAAACUGAUCCUGCAGCAGUUUUAGGAUCCCCCCCACCACCACACCUGGAGUGGGUGGAAAAGGGCAACUUGGGUUUUGAACACUCUGGACUUUGGGUUUAGAUGGUGAACUUGUGACUGAAGCACCAAACUGUUUUCUAAAUAUCUGUGAAGGACGAAGAUUCAGCCACAAGAGUCGAUCUCAUGAGGACCGAGGUGACCGAAAGCUUCAGGACCGUUCAUUCUUCAGGUCCAUGGUUUGGUCUCUGUGCUGCCGUUGGGUCGACCGGUUUGUAAAUUCUUGUAUAUUUUAACAUGUUGAUGGAAACUGGAUUUAUUUGUUAUUCCUCUGUUGGUGUCAGGAUGAGGAACAGUUUCAGACUCGCUGGUGUUCCAGACUUCUUUCUGACGAGUGUCUGUGGUGUUCACAGCACCAGGAUCGAGUCACGUUCAGCUUUAACUUGAUCCAUCUGUGUAAAACAUCAAGUGGAAUUCUUAAUCCUGAUGUGCGUAGAUGGAAGAUAAACCUUGUUGAAAACAUACGUUGUUGAAUUGUAGUUGUGCUUAUUGAUAAUAAACUUGGAUUUGUUGAA